AAACUUUUAAAACCUCUCUCUCUUACCCUGCAAAAACCCUAGCGGCCAUUGAAGGAAGCCAAGCCAAUCAAAGCAUCACGCUCUCGCUCUCUACAAUCGGCCCCUACAAUCCUUACCAUGCUCCCGCACUCUUACGCCCUCAAUUCCCAUUCCAAAUCCCAAGACCUCGCCUGCACCAUCCUCGCUUCCUCCGCCCCGCACCAGAUCUCCUCCACCUGCGCCUCCAUUGAGUCUUUCCUGCAUUCACUCUCACCCGACCAAUCCCGCCACUUCUUCUCCCUCACCUUCCCAACCCUCAUCUGCAAGCUCUUCGGCUUCGACGAUGCAGCGUCAUCACCCCUGCCUCCGCCACAACCAGCUUCACAGCAACAACCCUCGCCUUCCGCCCCCUCCGCCUCACCCAACGGCUGGAUUGACACCGUCCUCGCGUCCAACGACAUAGAUUUAGCCAACAGGCUGUUCGCCCUCCUCGCGCCCAAUAGCCUCCUCUUCAACGCAAUCUCCGCCGUUGAUCGCCUCUCCCUCGUCAAAUACGUGUUCCCUAUUGAACGGUUGCCGGAAUGGGUCCGAUUCAUGCUUACCUCGGAAAAUGAUAUCCGGGGUUUUCGAGCACUAGGCGUGAGGCGGAGGUUAAAAUUGAAUGCAACUUGUAUAUUAGGCUUUUAUAUGCAUAUCUUCGUGCUUUUGUUGGUGCAACUGAUUUGAAUCAACACCUUCCAUACCGAAGUUCGCUUUUGCAUUACUCUUCGGGAUAUGAUACCUCGGUUAUAGCUCAGGCAGAGUUUUUUGUGAAUGCUUUGGUGAAUUUUUGGUUGGUUGAUA